AUGGCGUCCCACUCGAACCAUGACGCCGGCGGCCCCGUCGAAAAGACUGGUGACCAGGAGGACAACGGGGGUGGCGGCGGAGGAGUGGACAGGGCAGCGUCUCUUGUCGCCAGCCUCAGCGUGCUUUCCACCGAGGUAGACUCCGACCUGGUCGCCAACGUGUCCGCCGAAUUGUGCCAGAUCGGACGGCGUCAUUUGAAACCCCAAGACAUGGAGAGGAUCGUCAAAAUCUGCAAGUUGCCACUGUACCUCAAGUUUCCAAUGUACCAGGCCAUCUCCAAAACACCUACUAGGCAGGCCCUACUCGAAUUCUGUCGCAAGAUGCACCAGGUCGCCGGCAAUGACAGACUGUCCAAGGCGGUGUUCGUGCUGACCAAGGGCCGCCGUACGUUCCUGCAGCCUUGCGACUUCAAGGACCUCAUUCAGGACCUCAUCGACACCCACAGCGGGCUCUCGUUUCUCAAGGAAGUGGCCAGAUCACACAGCGUGUACAUCGACACCGUGGUGGCUCGGCUGUUUUUCGAGCUCGGAAAGACGUGGACUUGGCGCCUCGGCAUGGCAGAGCUGCGACGCAGCGAUUUUCUCUCGCAGCUUGACGCUCUGAAUGUCAACGACGACUUCAUGACCGUGGAGGGACCCUUUUCGUACAAGGACGCCUACGUCAUCCACACGAUGUUCAACUCGUUGGAUAAGGACAACGAUCGUCUAUUGAGCAAGGAAGACCUGGCGCGGUACGAAAAAGGCGCCCUGGUACCAAAGGUCAUUGACAGAGUGUUCGACUUACUCAGUACGUCAGCUAUGACGUACGUCGACUUCGUCGUCUUCCUGCUCGCUGAGAAGGACAAGUCGCACCCAAGGAGCGUCGAGUACUGGUUCAACCGGCUAGAUCUCGACGGCGACGGUAAAAUAACGAUGUACGAACUCGAGACAUUCUUCCACGAACAGUACGACCGCGUGUCUCUGCUGAUGAACGACCCGGCGUCUUUCGAAGACAUCUGCCGACAAAUGAUCGAUCUGGUGAAGCCCAAAUCGGGCAGCGUUUUCGCUCUUUCCGAUCUGAAACGGUGUGCGCUUGCAUCGGUCUUCUUCAACACUUUCAUCAACACCUACGAGUUUAUACAUCACGAGGUUUUCGACCCUUUCGACACAGAGCGUUCGCGCAAUGGCUUAACACAGUGGGAACAAUUUGCUAAGUCGACGUUCACCCUUCUCAUGGAAGAAGGCGAAAAAGAUGACUCCUCCGACGAUGACUUGCCUUAA